UGGGCGGAGGCAGGCGCUUGGGCACUUCGCGCUCUCCGCUGCGUGAAGUGCAGCUCUCUUUGCCCGGCUGUCUCUCGCCACGGUCUGCGGGCUUCGCUCCAGCGCCUCGGCGUCUGCGUUCGGGCGCCGGUCCCGGAAGUGGGCUCGCGCCCCGCGGUUUCAGCGGUGGGACGGCGGCGGUCGCCACGGUGGCAGCCACAGCCUCUCGUCCUACCUCCGCGGCCCUAGACGCCGUGGUAUCGGCGGGCCCCGAGCCUAUGACAGGCCAGGGCCAGCCGGCGUCUGGGUCGCCGGCGUGGAACACGGUGUUUCGCCACGUCCGAUAUGAGAACCUGGUGGCGGGCGUGAGCGGUGGGGUCCUGUCCAACCUCGCGCUGCACCCGCUCGACCUCGUGAAGAUCCGCUUUGCUGUGAGUGAUGGAUUGGAAGUGAGACCGAAAUACAAAGGAAUUGUGCACUGUUUGACUACCAUUUGGAAAAUUGAUGGACUACGGGGACUGUACCAAGGAGUAACUCCAAAUGUGUGGGGUGCAGGUUUAUCCUGGGGACUCUACUUUUUCUUCUAUAAUGCCAUCAAGUCAUAUAAGACAGAAGGAAGAGCUGAACAGUUAGAAGCAACAGAAUACCUUGUGUCAGCUGCUGAAGCUGGAGCCAUGACCCUCUGCAUUACAAAUCCAUUGUGGGUAACAAAAACUCGCCUUAUGUUACAGUACAAUGGUGUUGUUAACCCCCCACAGCGACAAUAUAAAGGAAUGUUUGAUACACUUGUGAAAAUAUAUAAAUAUGAAGGUGUGCGUGGAUUGUAUAAGGGAUUUGUUCCUGGACUGUUUGGAACAUCACAUGGUGCUCUUCAGUUUAUGGCAUAUGAAUUGUUGAAAGUGAAAUAUAACCAGCAUAUCAACAGAGUACCAGAAGCCAAACUGAACACAGUAGAAUAUAUAUCUGUUGCAGCACUAUCCAAAAUAUUUGCUGUAGCAGCAACAUACCCAUAUCAAGUGGUGAGAGCUCGUCUUCAGGAUCAGCACAUGGUAUACAAGGGGGUGUUGGAUGUGAUCAGAAAGACAUGGAGGAAAGAAGGCAUCGGCGGAUUUUACAAAGGAAUUGCACCUAAUUUGAUUAGAGUGACGCCAGCCUGCUGUAUCACUUUUGUGGUAUAUGAAAAUGUCUCCCACUUUUUGCUUAACCUUAAGGAAAAUAGAGAGUAAACUAAAAGGAGUUAAUUCCAGUAUCUCUGCCCAAGGCAGCCAUGUGGCUACCUUGUGCUUAAGAUGUAAAACUCAGAAGAAUACUGCACAGCACCAUGGCUUAUCAGGAUUGGUCUGUAAUCAUUAUGUGUCGAAGAACUGCUAAGUCAUUGUUAUGUGUUUCUGCUUUUUGCCUUUCCCAUCUGUAUGGGACUUGGAUAUCUCUGCCAGAAAUGGGAACCAUCAACGCACCGUAAAGCUGACAUGAAGCAGAGAAUUACACCGAUUUCUCCAUUUCAUUAUUCAAGUAGAAGCUGAUUUGCACCAAUUGCUAAACGGUAUAGAUGUAUGUGCAUUACUUUCUGAACUCAUUUGCCUGGAUUGGCUGUAAAGAUCUACCUUUGUGUAAUACCAGGAAAACACCCUUUUAUAAGAAUGUUGUUGCUGUUUUCAAGGAUGUAGUGGAAAAGACAUUGUCCAAAAACCAGACCAUUUUAGAAUUGGGAAAUCUGAGUGAGAGAAAAAACCCAUGAUAAAUGAGGUUUAGUUUUAAUUUAAUUGAAAUGCACUCAUCAGAGAAAUUUGGAAAUUAUGUACGUCCCAUAAUUUGAGAAAUACCUGGCAUCUGUUGUCACUCCCAUCACUAAUUUUCUUAUAGAGGCUUUUCUGUAAUUUAAAAUAUAAUCCUACCAUAAUCCAGUUACUUUUUGGAAUAGGUACCUAGUGUCUUCUAAGCUUAUAAAUUUGAAGGUCUAGAAUCAAGCUGUGUCAUAUUAGCUGUGUCACAUCAGCCUUAUUAACAUACUUGGCUUAAAGUCACUUAAUGGAUUUGCUAAUAGGUCAUAUUAUAUACAGAUACUGGAAUAAUCAGUAUGUGUUUGUUGACAAACUAUGUGGAAAUAAGAAACUUUUUCCUACUUCAGUUUUUGGGUAUAUGGGUCUAGAUUCUAAAUAAAUGAUUCAUCUAAACUGACUGCUGAAAUUCAGGCAUAAGUACAAAUUACAUUUAUGGUCAUUAUUGAUUUACUUUCAUGAGUUGCAGGUAGCUAUACAUUUAAAGCCUGCCCCCAAAGGACUCCAGGAGAGUGAAUAUUUCUAUCUGUCAUAAACAUGGCAUGAAUGAAGUUGCACUACCAUCUAUUUGUUGUAAAUAAAACCGUGGUUUCAAAGCCA